UCAACAUUUUACUAUGUACCUGACUGGUUACAGGUAUAUCCCACGAGAGAACAGGCAUCUGACACAGAUGGGGAAUACAGCCAUGCACAGCAGCAUCUUAGCAGCAGUAGUGGAGCUCCCUCAAUUAGAACACUUUCCAAGUCAGAGUGGGAGGCAAUUUGUCUGUAUCAAGCUUGGGUGUUUAGGAAAACUUCAGACCGCAAGCCCCUCUAGUGGUAAGAUUUAAUUCACUUAAAUACAUACGUAUCGACAUACUCACCAACCAGGAUGAUUGGUAUUAUAUUACACUAAUCAAACAUUUGCUUCAUUUUGGAAGUAAACAUUUCUUUUGUAUGUAUGUAUAUUUUUUUUUCCACCAAGUUUUCAAAUAGUUAUUAGAAAUAGUGUUAGUAAAAAAGGUAAAUGUUAUACCUAAAGUUACAUGUAAAGUGUAUGUAUUCAAUAUUAAACAGGGUUUGUGAGUUAAUAUUUAUGACUAUCGUAAAAUUCAUGGGUAACAAAAAUUCCUAAUGUAUUUAUGCUACAAAGAAAAAAAUGAAAAAAAAAAGAUUAAGAAAGGUUUUCAGAUGCCAUGAUUAUAAAAGGACUAAGUGGGAAUUUUGGAACAGUAACAGUUGACUUUGAGGAUACGAUGGGAAGCAACAGUACAGUAUUUGAUGACAGAUUACCACUGAAUAGUAGUAAUGACACUUCCACAAAGACAUUGGAAGCCAUAUUCUAGACCCCCAAUUGGAAGAAACAGAUGGGGCCAUCAAAAACCUGAGGUUUCACCAGCAACACCUUGUUUCCUGAACAAGGCUACAGGCAAGGAAGCAUCCCAUCUGACUAAAAGCUUUGUCGUUGGCCAUAAAUUUCAUGUUACUUUCCAAAAGGAAUGAGCAAAGAUCCCUAAAGAAUAACAAAAGAGGAAGUCUGUCCCAUUUUGAACUGGAAAAUUAAGAGGUGGCAUCCCAUUGCCAAGGAAAAAUUGACAGAUGAAUCUGUAAGUUACUUCAGCUGUUACAUACCUAUCAUCAUUUUACAAGAAGCAACUUUAAUUUUAGACAUGUUAUGGAGUUCCAUUUGACAACGUCUUUGUGUCCUAGAGGGUAAUUGUAGGUUGGAUGGUUAACGACUGAAUUGGCUGUUGGUGAGUUCUGGGUGUAUGCUGGUGCAGCUGGAGUUAGCUGUUAGAGUUCUGAGUUUUCAGGCAGUCUUUGGUCAGUCUUUGGUGAGAGCUGGUUAGAGUCAGUAGUGUCGGCAGCAAUCUAUUGAAGGCAUUGAAAGUCAUUUAGGUUGUGUGUUGUUGAUUUGUUAUUGGUUGUUAUUAAGAUUGAUGUUAUUUGCUUUGGAUUUGUUGUGCUUGUGAGUUUUGUUAAGUUAUAUGUGAGUUGUUGUGGUUAUGGUUGAGGGUUGUUGUUGGUGAGCUGUUGUGAUUUCUUGGUGUUGUUAGUGGGUGUGUGCGUUUCCUUUUUGUUUUAGUGAUUGUUUGUGCAGUGGUCUUUUGUUGUGGUUGUAUUCCUUGUUUGUUGUUGGGUUAUGGUUGUUCCUUGGUUGUUUGCUGUGUUGUUGAGUUGUGGUUGUGUUCCUUGGUAGUUGUGUUGUUGGGUUGUGGUCCUUGGUGGUUGUGUUGUUGUUGAGUUGUGGGGUUGUGGUUCUCGGUUGUUAUUUUUGUAGGUUGUGUGUUAUGACGGCUGUAUCCAGUGGACAGUACAGCUCCUCGCCCCGAGUGUGUCAAGGAGUGAUUGGUAAGUACAUGUGUUUUGAGAGCUUUUUGUUUUGGGGUUUGUGUAGGUCAAUUGUCCUGCGUGUAUUCAGUAGUGUAAAGAGGAAAGUGUGACUGAGGGUGAGUUUGGCAGCUGGAUUGAUUAGGUUUAUGUGUGGGGGGGUGUGAUUUGCCCACUCGCUUUUAAGCUUGUAAUCCCGCCACAGCUGCAGGACGAUUGGGGUAGUGAGUUGUGUGAUUGGUGGAGAAAGUGAGGAUGGAAGGGUUAAAGGAGGUGGAGAGGCUGAAGGAGGAGUUACGGUUGGCGAGAGAAGCUAAGGAAAGAUUGGAAGUGGAGAAUGAGAGGUUGAGGGUAGAGUGUGAGAAGCUGAAGAGCGAGUUAGAGGAAAUGAGAGGAAUGCUAAGGAGUGCAAAAGUGGAAAUGAAAGAAGAGGUGAAAGGAGCAGAAGAGAGAAUGGUUAAGAAAAUGGACGAAAAAUUCGGGGUAAUGAUGAAUGCAGUGCAAGAGAUGAUGCAGGGAAUGAUGAAGGGAUUCAAGGGAGAGGGAGCUGUAGGAGGUAGGCCUACUGGGUCUUGUGACGGGCCAGGAGUGGUAAAGAAAGUGAAAGAGCAAGUGGAUGAGAGUACAAGUGACGAAGGUGAUUUGGUUGUGAUAGGUAAGGGAAAGAAGAGGAAGACACAGGAUAAGGAUAAACCCGAGGACAAGAAUAAGAAGGGGGCUGAGGAAAAGAAGACUAAGGAAAAGAAGGUUAGUAAGGGUGACGGACAGGGACAGGAUGAGACUAAGACUGAAUACAAUGGGGAAGGGCUAAGAGUGAUUUAGAUAGUGGUGAGUGGAACCAGCUUGGUAGAAAGAAGGGUAAGAAGAGUGUAAUCAGGAGUGUGGAAGUUGACUCGCUGUAUUCGGAAGAGGGAAAGAGGUCAGAAUGGAAGUAGCGAAAGUGAGAGUGAAAGUGAGCAGGAAGUACGAAAGGCUGUGUAUAUGAGAGAGGUACCCCAAUGUGCUCAACACGAGGAAUAUGGUAGUAAGGACAUAGGGGACUUUUUUAAGGAAUAUGAGAAGUAUUGUGAGGCCAAGUAUGGGGAUAACAAGAGUCUGGACAAGAGAGUUAGGUAGCUUUUUGAUGGAAUUUUUGUUGAAUAUGUAUGGGGUACUGAUGAGUGUAGGGAAUGUGCCGUAUGAGAGUGUGAAAACUAGGAUUGUAGAACAGGCAAAGAGGAUAAAGAGUAGCGUUAGAUAUAGGAGAAAGCAAGAUUUUGAAGAGGUAAGAAUGAAUGUUGGUGAGACGUUGUCAAUGUAUGUCUGUAGGUUAGAAACAUUAGCCAGGAAAAAGUUUGGGGACAAAGGGAUAAAUGAGAGUAAGGAGCUAGUGCGAAAGCUGUUGGCAACUGUACCAGAGAGCGUAUACAAGUUUAUAAAUAAGAAAAAUGAGGAGAAAAGGCAAUGGACGAAUGAAAGGUUGACGUGGAACGACAUUUUGCAAAUAAUAGAAGAUUACGAGUUGGAUAGGUGUAUGAGAGAGAGUAGGAGUUUUAGUGUUAGGAAUGAAGUAGCUGAGGUUUUACCAGAGUUUAAAAGCUAUGGGGAGGCAGUUUUGGAAGGGCUGAGGUGAAUGGCAGAGCAAGUGGUGGAUAGGAGCAUUAGGGCAAGUAAUGUGAGUGUAGUUAGCCCUAAAAGAGAUAGGAGUGCGAGUGUUGGAAGAGUAGGGUCAGUUAGUUGUGAACGAGGGCAGCAGUGUUAUAGAUGUGGUAAGCCAGGGCACAGGAAGAAUGAAUGUUGGCGAGCGUUAGGAGCAUGCUUUGGGUGUAGGCAAACGGGGCAUUUAGUGAGUGAGUGUAAGAAAGAUAGGGGUAUUAAAUGUUAUAGGUGUGGACAGUUAGGGCACAUAGCUAGUGAAUGUCGGGGUACCCGUAUGAACGUGGUUUGCGGCAACUGCGGGAAGAACGGGCAUUAUGCUAGGAUGUGUAAGGAGCCGCGUGCGAAGUGUGUUGAAUGUGGAAUGGAAGGUCAUGGUGAAUGUGUGUUGGCAAAAGAGGAUGAGUCAGGUUGGGAAUUCGGGAAACUAGGUGUUAAGGGUAUUCAGUUGGGUGGGUCCUCUAGUAUGCGACAGUAUGUUCAGGAGAAUGUGACGAGUGAGUGGUUGAAAGUGAAUAAAUGUGAGCCGAGCAUCAGUGAGCAAAUGGGUCUGGUAGAUCGGCAGUUGGUGUUGGUUGAGUAUGGAAGGAAGCGGAAGAAGAUAAGGAAAGGGAAUGAAAGGGAGAAACAUGAUAGAGGGGUUAGUGUCAGGGUAAAAAUGGUGGAUAAGACAUGUAAUACGGAUGACUUUGAGGGGAGGAAUAGUACAUAUAGUGUGUGUGGGUUUGAAUUGUCAGGGUUUAGUGAAGUUUCACCAGGAAGGGAAUCAGGUGGUAAGGAUGUAGUUGGCAGUAUGAAUGAGUCUCUUUGGGAUUUUGGCAGGAGUGUAAAUGAGGUAAGUGAUUUGGUGGCAGAGUUACGAGAGAGAUUUGGACAAGAAUUAGAAGGGGUAGAUGAGAUAGUGAAUGGGAUUUGGGAGGAUGGUAGUGAGGGAGAUGGUAAUGGUAGUCUGACUGGAAGUGGUCUGGGAGAAGUUGAUGGCAGUGUGACCGAGAGUGUGUACGAGGGCCCCCAAACAAGAUCCAGGGUGCCUGCGUCCGAGUAUCCAUGGGUGUUGUGAGUGUAAGGAGACGUUGUCAAAUGCAACGGGGGAGGAAAUAUGGAGGAGUUAUGGAGUUCCAUUUGACAACGUCUGUGUCUGAGAGAGAGAGAGA